UGAUUGUCAAAAUGUAUGAUAAAAACGAAUGGCAGGCAAACGAAAAUACAAAAUAGUCACAAAUUAUCAGAAUUUUCAAUUGGAACAAGUUAAAAAAUAUUUAGAAAAAUGACGAACAAAAAUAAGAAAAGCAGCGCCGGCAUUGGCGGCCCUGCUGCCCCCUCGAAACAGACCAAACAGAAGUCCGAGGACUCCCAGGACUUUAGUUCUUUCAAGACUGUGCUCUUCUAUUGCAUGCUGAUUGUGUUCCUGCCUGUGAUCACAUUUUUUCUGAUGAAGGGCGUCGUUUUGGAUGGAUUCUUCAAGAUGAGCGAGAUGAAAGUUAACAUUUUCUCGGCGGUCGGCGCCGUGGUGGCCUUACACAUUGCUCUGGGACUGUAUAUCUACCGUGCCUACUUUGGGGCCACCGGCUCCAAGGCUUCAAAGGUGGACUAAGCUUCACCGAGGACUGUUUACCAUUUCCAUUUAUUCGCGUUCUGUUCUAGAAAGUAUUAGUUAAGUCGAACGAAACGAAACACAACACUUUUGUACAUA